CCUCGACCGAGUAACAGCGCGUCCCCGUAGCUGCACGGCGCUAAUUUAGAUAGUUUAGUAAUCAGAAAUCCCCCUGGGAGCUAAUCCGUGUUCUUACGUGUGGACGACGGAUAGCGAAGCAUUCGGAAAACAUGGACGCGACCUUGGAGUACAGUUUUCACGACUUGUUGGAAGCAUAAAAGCGGGUUCCGGUGGCGAUAGUUUUUUUUCUGUCAGGAAGUUUGACGUACUCGGCUGAAGAUUACUUCUUACUUUGUUUUGGUUGGGGAAAGUUGUGGACCGCAGUUGGCUAACGUUUGGAAAAGCGCACGACAACUCUGCGACUCCCGUUGGGCGGAAAAAACGCGUUUUUCACAUGAAAGUCGGUUUGGAUCUCACAUGAAUUCUCCAGGAACCGCAAUUUAAGAGUCCGAAGCUCUGCCAAGUGUGAACAUCGAUGGAGUUUAGCCAAGUUUGCUUCGCUUGACACAACGAAUCGAGUUCGUGGAUUUUAAUAAACGUGUGCAGGUAGUGUUUUUUCUGCCAGUGUCAUUCCAGUCUGAACUCCAUCAUGAAUCAAAUUCUCCAGAACUUUUGUCACAGGCCAGAGACAGGCCUGUGUGUACUCUAACAUUGUUAUGUUUAGACCCAUAUUCAAGUUGCCAUGUGAUGCAGUUAUAUGCAAUUUAAACAUAAACGUAAAGAUAUCUCCAGCCUAGACUGUUCUGGACUCCAACCUGGCAACACGGUGACGGAAAAUCUGCAGACUUAGCAGGAAGAGGGGCCAUCAAAUUCACGGAAAUCGUACGGUCUUUUCCUCUGGCGAGCUGAUGGAUUUCAUACAGGCCAUACGGUUACUGUUCCACCUUCUUUGGUAGGUUUUGUCCCGAUGUGACGCGGUGACGGGACACGGCUCCCCGGUCCCAGCAGCCUGAACGCGUCGACAUGUUGUGUGACCCCUGAAAAUGUUUUGGAAAUUUCGUUUUUCCAGAGAUCCGAGGCUGCAGCGGUGCAGAAGUUUGUCUCUCGGCCCCAGCUGGAGCAGUCUGAUUCUCCAUUAGUGUGUGUCCGUGAAUUUUCCGUUGAAGAAGAGCCCCUGUUACCUGGCGGGGGUCAGCCCCGCGAUGGCGCCCCCGCACUCACACUCGCGCACCGGUGCGUCGGUGUGACUGAGGGCACCGAUGGACGUGACCAACGGCUGGACCUACUGCGUCAUCUCCGCCUCGAGACACCGGUGACCGGCCGCACGCGGGAGAAGCCCGGUCUUGUCCCGACUGAGGUCGUCAAGGCGACAGGCUGUGGGUGGGUUGGCACAGCGGAGGCAAGUUUCUGAAGACUGGCUUGUCGACCACGUACGCAAACACCGCCACAAUGAACGAGAGGCAGGCUCUCCACUCUAUAAUGAAGGACCUGGUUGCCCUCCAGAUGACACGGCGCCAGCCUGUGUUGUCGUAUGACAGCGGCAAACCCAAGACACCGGCCCAGGCCAACAGACAGGACGAUGUCAGGAUAAAGUUUGAGUUCUCGGGAGAGAGAAGGAUCCUGAUGUUUGGGCGACCUGUGCAGUUCGAGGAAAUCCAGCAGAAAGUUAAGACCGUCUUUGGCCAGCAGCUAGACCUGCAUUAUAUGAACAAUGAGUUGUCCAUCCCCCUGCGAGGUCAGGAUGACCUGGACAAGGCAAUUGAUCUGCUGGACCGAAGCUCCAACAUGAAGAGCAUCAGAAUCCUGCUGCUCACUCAGGAGCACAGCAAUGCCUCCUCCCCGUCCCACCAUGCACCAUGUAAGCAAGUGAGGAUCAAGUCCUCCCAGUCCACUGGAGACGUUAGCACGGUGUACCAGUCGUCCGAGCCCCGGGGGCGCCACCUAUCAACUGGGUCUCAGAACACGGGGCGUAGCUCGCCGCCCCCUGGCUACGUGCCUGAACGCCAGCAGAGGAUCGCCCGCCAAGGUUCAUACACCAGCAUAAACAGUGAGGGGGAGUUCAUCCCCGAGACCAGCGAUCAGUGUGUGCUGGAUCCCUGGAGCAGUGCAGAAAACUCCGUCUCGGGAAGCUGUCAGUCUCUGGACAGCAACUCAGACAGCCCCUCGCUGAGGAAGUCUCGCAUGCACAGAGCCAAGAGUUACCCAGAUAAUCGUCAGGAGUGCUCAGACAGGGAGAAUCAUGUGUAUGAUAGGGUGGCAGGGAAAGGAGGCACCUAUCCUCGCAGGUACCACGUCUCCCUGCACCAUAAAGACCACAGCGAAGGCCGUCGAACAUUUCCUCGGAUUCGCCGUCCCCAGGGAAACCUGUUCACUCUGGUGCCCUCGCGCCGCUCGCUCAACGGCAGCGAGGAGAGCCUGGGGAGCUGGCAGCUGGUCGACGCUCAGGGCAGGCUCCGUCCCCAAGAGCGUUCUGUCGCGCAUAAGUCCCCCAGCGCUCCGAUGACGUGGCGGCGGGGGAAGCUCCUGGGCCAGGGAGCGUUUGGUCGGGUUUACCUGUGUUACGAUGUGGAUACCGGCCGGGAGCUGGCUGCCAAACAGGUCCAGUUUGAUCCAGAGAGUCCCGAGACCAGCAAGGAGGUCAGCGCUUUGGAGUGCGAAAUCCAACUGCUGAAGAAUCUGCAUCACGAGCGCAUUGUUCAGUAUUACGGCUGUCUGCGAGACCACAAUGAGAAGACCCUCACCAUUUUCAUGGAGUACAUGCCGGGGGGUUCAGUCAAAGACCAGCUGAAGGCCUACGGGGCGCUGACAGAAAAUGUGACCCGGAAGUACACGAGACAGAUCCUGGAGGGCAUGUCCUACCUGCACAGCAACAUGAUCGUACACAGGGACAUCAAAGGUGCCAACAUCCUGCGGGACUCAGCGGGCAACGUGAAGCUCGGAGAUUUCGGUGCCAGCAAGAGGCUGCAGACCAUCUGCAUGUCUGGCACCGGCAUCCGCUCGGUGACCGGCACCCCCUACUGGAUGAGCCCGGAGGUGAUCAGUGGAGAGGGCUACGGCAGGAAGGCUGAUGUGUGGAGCCUCGGUUGCACGGUGGUGGAGAUGCUGACAGAAAAGCCUCCAUGGGCUGAAUAUGAGGCCAUGGCGGCCAUAUUCAAAAUCGCCACCCAGCCCACCAACCCACUGCUGCCCUCGCACACCUCCGACCAGGCACGGGACUUCAUGAGCUGCAUUUUUGUGGAGGCCAAACACAGGCCCAGUGCUGAGGAGCUGCUCAGGCAUCCCUUCUCCCAGAUUCUGUGCUGAAACCUGCCUGGUUUCUGAACUUUUAACCACAGAGUGGCACAGUAGCCUCAGCAGUAUCUGUAGCUUCGUUGGACCCCAAAUCUGGACAAGGAUCUGGUCUAGAAGUCUGUGCUAAACCUCAGAGCCUCUGCUAGAGGCUACAAGAAGAUAUAGACUCCUCUCACACAAAUCCACACAACAGACAGUUUGACAACAGCAGUUGACAAUGCCUUGAAAACCAACGCCAGCACAUGCUCUUACCAGAGUCACCACCAGGGGGAGACAAACACAGAUUAAGCCUCUGGUGGGCUGCCCAUCCUUCUCAGAUACAAACACGCAUACUGUAUGCACACACUCCAAAUGAAGCACUCCAAAGUCAGCAUCACUCAAGUUAUACACCAGCUGUGUCUUCAUAAACACUCACAUGUCAGGCAGUUUGAGAGAUAUCAAGAAGCCCUUAAGUGUUUAGCAUUUCGCUGAGCACCAUUUUAAAGCUAUAGCAGGCCUAAAGCUCAUGUUUGUCCAGCAGAUGUUGAACACCACCGGUGCACAACAAGGUGCACUGGACAGGAUUGUUCUCUUAUUUCCCACCUUAUCUCUGUCUGGUUUUAAGCAAAGAAAACUCCACCCUUAAACUCCAACUCUGGUCAAAGCUAUUUGUGAUGCACUUUGCAUUUCUUUGCAGAUUGGGUGGGACACAGAUGAAGCGAUGUCACAUGGAGUAGCUACACUGGAGUUUCAGUCAAUGUUAAGCAGACCCAGGCUUGUUUUGGUUUCAGCCAACGUGAGUUAGCAAUCUUAGAAUAAUAAGAGCCAAAUACCGUCAAUAGACCGUGAUGCAUGGCACUUGUCCCAGUUUGUGCCUCUUAUUACGGUUGACGUCACAGCAUCUUUUGCUCUGAAAAAUAAAUGAUCUUUGAAAAGCCCAGAGGGUGGUUUAACAAUACUUAGAAAAUCUUUAAAUAUUCUUUGAACCAUUUGGAUGGAAAAAUAUUCAGUCAGCUGCACAACAAAAGACUUUAAACAGGCUUCUCAGGUUGAAACUACAGGCUACUACUUUCUUUUAAGAAAUUUGGUUAACUUUGUGCAAAUGAUGCAAAGAUAUAUGUUUGGGUUUGGAAACAGAGUCAUGACUGAAGUUUUUUACGAAGGAAUUACCUUCAGGGAAGCAGUAAGUUCUGCCGAACGACCGUCUGGGUUUUUAGUUUUCAGAGACGUGAAAAGCUUUGUGACUUUUCAUGUAAAACAUCAGAGGCAACAAGAUUCAAGAGUCUUUAUUGUCAUUGCACAUGUCAAUGAAAUUUUCAUUGCAACCCCCAUGUUACAUGGUAAGAAAGAUAAGACUAGAAAGAGUGAAUAAAAUUAAGUGGGACAACUGGGAUUUGCAGCUACAUUACCUGAUUUAAAUCAGAGAUAUGACUUUAUUCCUCCCUCUACCAUCAUUAUCACUAUUUCUGUCCUUCUACCUGCAAAAUUAACCAGCUGAGUGGAGAAUCAGUGCAUAUCAGUAGAGUCUAGGCCUCCUGAGGAUGACAUGUAACUGUGUAAGAGGAGCUGAAGGUGUUCCUGCAAGCUUUGUCUUUUAAAUUCACCUUUCUCACUCUCGUUCGGACUUUCGCCUCAGUGUGACUCAUCCUUCUACCUGCCAUCCUCGUCUUGUAGCUCGUCUGAGUCACAGGUGCUCUCAGCCAACAAAGUGCCAAAACGGGGCAGGUAAAACAGGAGUGUAUGGUUAGCGAGUGGAAGUUUAUGGUAUGAACAUACAAACUAACCGCCUUAAUUUGGACCUGAUCUUCAUGUGUGUCUGACCAAAACAUCCCGGACUGAGAAGCUUAAAGAUCAGCUUUAAAUCAGCUGCACUUUUAUGUAAAAUGAAUGUUAUCUGGGUUCGUUCUCUUUAACAAAUUAGAUUUUCUUUUUUAACUUCAAAUGUGAAAAUUGUUUCAUUUUUAUUUAUACCCCCAUGUCCACUCCAAUGACAUUUUGUAAGCAAAUAUAUAUGUAUAAAUAUAUUUUUUAUAUUUAGACUGUGUCAAAUCUAAAGAUACUUUCAGGACCGUGUGAAUCGUUGAAAGCAGCUGGUUUUGCAGACAUUACAUAGAACUGGGGUUUAUAAAUGAAAAUUGGGUGGAAAUCGAACUCUGGCUGCCUGGUUCUCGUUCCAGCUCACAAAAACGUCCAAGACAUCCUCAGCUAUACAUGUAGGCGACGGUAUUACCUGGCAGGAACUCUGCAUCAUUUGACACACCAGUGAGCUCUCAUGAAUGACACCUUUAAAAGCUCAACUCGCAAAAGUAAAUGCUGGGAGCGUUAAUUAAAGGGUGUGUGUGUGUGUGUGAGCCAAAGACGAGCAGGAUCGGAGCCAGCGCUGGAUUUCAGAGUCCGCUUUUCAACCCAGACGACGACUUUGUUUAUCCCAGGGUUCAGACAACGAGUCCAGUAUUGAAUGAUUUUCUGGGCGAAGGGCUUACUGCUGCCUUGACGCUAAUAUGAGACCCUUCCAUGGGGCUGCUACAGGCUCACGGCAGCUAAAGUAUGUUCAGUGUUUAAUAAAAAAAAAAAGACAGAGGAACCCUGUGGUAAGCAAAUGAAUACAGACUAGUUGUUUAGAGAUCUAUAUAUGUAAAUGUAUGAUUAUGUAUCAUGACAGGACUUGCAGUGCAAAGUCUAAUGUAUCAAAUUAAUUUUACAGCAAGAAAAGAAAAGUAUGUUUAACGACAGUGUUUAUAUAUGUAUAUAUGUCAUGCCCUCGCUCCAAGACAAAUAAAUUGUUUUUAAAAACUG